AUGCUGUAUGCCAAGCCCCCACCCACCAUUAAGGGUAUAAAAGGACUGUGGAGGAAGGAGAGGCUCAAACUUCAUCCACAUCACCUCCAGUAGCUCAUCUGCUCACCUGCUCUCCCAUCACCUCUUUCAGCACCAUGCCAUACAACUGCUGCCUGCCCAACCUGAGCUGCCACACCAGCUGCUCCCACCGGCCCUGCGUGGCCCCCAGCUGCCACACCUGCCCCCUGCCCGGGGCCUGCAACAUCCCUGCCAAUGUGGACGGCUGUGACUGGCUCUGCGAGGGCUCCUUCAAUGGCAACGAGAAGGAGACCAUGCAGUUCCUGAACGACCGCCUGGCCAGCUACCUGGAGAAGGUGCGCCAGCUGGAGCGGGAGAACGCGGAGCUGGAGAGCCGCAUCCAAGAGUGGUGCCAGCAACAGGUGCCCUUCGCCUGCCCGGACUACCAGUCCUACUUCCGGACCAUUGAGGAGCUCCAGCAGAAGAUUCUGAGUUCCAAGUCUGAGAACGCCAGGCUGGUGGUGCAGAUCGACAAUGCCAAGCUGGCUUCUGAUGACUUCAGAACCAAGUAUGAGACGGAGCUGUCCCUGCGGCAGCUGGUGGAGGCCGACAUCAACAGCCUGCGCAGGAUCCUGGACGAGCUGACCCUGUGCAAGUCUGACCUGGAGGCCCAGGUGGAGUCCCUGAAGGAGGAGCUGCUGUGCCUCAAGCAGAACCAUGAGCAGGAAGUCAACUCCCUGCGUAGCCAGAUCGGAGACCGCCUCAAUGUGGAGGUGGAUGCGGCGCCCACCGUGGACCUGAACCGUGUGCUGAACGAGACCAGGUGUCAGUACGAGGCCCUGGUGGAGACCAACCGCAGGGACGUGGAGGAAUGGUUCGCCACGCAGAGCCAGGAGCUGAACAAGCAGGUGGUGUCCAGCUCAGAGCAGCUGCAGUCCUGCCAGGCGGAGAUCAUUGAGCUGAGACGCACGGUCAAUGCCCUGGAGAUCGAGCUGCAGGCCCAGCACAACCUGAGAAACUCCCUGGAAAACACGCUGAAUGAGUCUGAGGCCCGCUACAGCUCCCAGCUGGCCCAGCUGCAGUGCAUGAUCAGCAACGUGGAGUCCCAGCUUGCGGAGAUCCGCUGUGACCUGGAGCGGCAGAACCAGGAGUACCAGGUGCUGCUGGACGUCCGUGCCCGGCUGGAGUGCGAGAUCAACACGUACCGGGGCCUGCUGGAGAGCGAGGACUGCAAGCUCCCCUGCAACCCAUGCGCUACCACCAACGCCUGUGGCAACUCCUGCGGGAACUGCGGCUGCUCUCAAACACGUUGCUGA